UAAUACAUCGGAUAGUUAAUGGUAAAUGCGUUCUUUUACGAGGGAACUCUAAGUCAAAUGUAUGUCUUUUUUCUCAUUUGACUUCUGUAAAGAUUGAGUUUAUUAUAACAUAAGGAAGUGACAAGGAUAAAAUACAACUUGUUGAAAGUUAUCACCAUUCUCCCACAAGAGCCCCCUUGAAUUGUAAUGUGCGCACGUACAUUAUCGCAUGCACAGUAAAAAAAAAAUGGAUGGAAUUCUUCUGUGUGUGUUUAUCUGCCUGUGUGCAAUUGGAACAGUUUUAUGUAAAACAGAUGAGUUUAGUUGCCAUGAAUGUCGAUCAGAUACGCAGCCAUUGUGUGCAGAUGAAUUUGGAGGAAAAGACAACAAAUUCCUGAAACCUUGCAACAUGUCGGACGAAAGUAUGACUGUUUCCUGUAGAAAAGAGGUUAACAAGGUUCAACCAUAUAAAGGUGCAAUGAUUAUCCGAAGCUGUUACUAUACAGAAGGAUUUAAACCCGAAGAAGAAAUAGACGUCUAUGGUUCAACUUACUGGAAUUGUUUUGAUUACGGAUGUAAUGGACAACAAUCAAUGAAAUCUACAUUUAGUUUGAUAGGAUUUAUAAUAACAAUUUAUAAUAUAUUGCGAUGAAUCACAAUAUCAGCAUAUUUCAUUUAUGCAAUGUUUUGUUAAAUGUUCAGUGGAGAGUAUUACGCGAAAGCUUUUUUUUUUUAGAGUUCACGGCGGGAGUAGAACGCGAAAGCUUGCUUAAGAUUGCUUUUUUUAUGUUGCUGCUAUCAACUAAUAUUGCUGCAAUUUACUACUGUAAACUACAAUGUGCUACUUUAAACUACAAUGUGCUACUUUGAACUACAAUGUGCUACUUUGAACUACAAUGUUCUUCUUUGAACUACAAUGUGCUACUUUGAACUACAAUGUGCUACUUUAAACUACAAUGUGUUACUUCAAACUUCAGUGAGCUACUUUAAAUUACAAUGUGCUGCUGUAAACUAUAGAUAGUUUAUUACAUUUUAGUUGCUGUCGCCAGACGAGUAAAGGUUUUAAAUAUUAUAUAGUUAGGAAAGUUGUUUAUCAUUCCAAUGAUUUUAUACAUUUAACCUGUAGAAUUAGGUGGCAAUAUACAAAAAAAUGUUAAAAAAAAAUGUUGAUAUUAUUAAUUGUAUCCAUAUACAACUGUCUACCUUAUUAUAAUUAAAUCAAAGAAAGCAAUGCUAGUCUC